AUGAAUGUUUCGUUUGAAUUUGACGAAACACUGCUGAUCAACGUUGCCAUACCGUUGCUGUCCGUAGAAUUCAUUCUAGGAUCAAUCGGCAAUGCUGUUGCUUUGUGGAUCUUUUGCUUUCGGAUGAAACCUUGGAAACCAAGUACUAUCUAUUUGUUUAACCUGACAACAGCAGAUUUCCUCUUGAUGUGUUGCCUACCAUUUCGUUUGGCUUACUACGUAAACAAAAAGGACUGGAUCUUCGGAGAUAUCGCCUGUCGUGUGUUGUUAUUUAUGGUGUCCUUGAAUCGCGCAGGCAGUAUUGCCUUUCUCACCAUCGUGGCAAUAGAUCGUUAUUUUAAAGUUGUCCAUCCUCACCAUAAAUUCAAUGCUGGGUCACAAAGAUAUGCUACACUGGGAGUAUCUUUUACAUGGACUCUAAUGAUAUUAAUAACCUCGUACCUUCUCUUUGAAAGGCACGUGUUUGAACAGAACAACCUUACAUAUUGUGAAAGCUUCAACUUGUACAAACCUUUCGAUGUUACUGCAACUUGGCAUGAUCUAUUUUUUGUGGUUGAGUUUGUAGCACCACUUUUUAUUAUUCUGUUCUGCACAUUCUCGAUUAUUUCAAAACUUCAGCACAAUAAAAGUGAAACUAGAAAAAAAUAUAAAAAGGGUAUUGUGAUAACUGUUGUAAUAGUGUUCAUAUUCUGUUUCUUACCAAGCAACGUCGGCGGGCUAAUUGUGCUGCUAACACAAUCAAACAAGUUUGACGACAUUGCGGCUUACAAGGCUGCUGUUGAGGGAUUUUACAUCACACUCUGUCUCACUUAUAUUAACAGCAUGCUUGAUCCAAUUGUCUAUUACUGUUCAAGUUCAAAGUUUAAAAAUGCUGUAAGUCGAAGGACUUCACAAAAGACAGAAAUGAAGAAAAUGACUGGAAACUCAUCUGAAACCAAUAGCUAA